CAACAAAUUAUUUUUUGAUACACGUGUUGUUUUCGUCACAAAAUGUUUUCAAAUUGAUGUUUUAUGCGUUCAAAACAUGAAGUGAAGACUAGUUAAUUUGUAAUGGAUCGUACAGCGUUUUUUAAAGCCUGUGUAAAAGCAAUUCGUACGCGAAAUCAAGCAGUGAAGUCAUCAAAUUUAACCUCCAAAGACACUUCAAAUAUUCUGGGAAGAAAUCGUUCCAAAGUGACGACAGAAUUUGGUUUAAAAGCUUCUGAAGUUGUGAGUAGAUGUAUAUUGUAGUUAGUUUAAUUUUAAACAAGUUUUUAUGUGGCUGGUCUAACCACAGGUGCACCCAGGGAUAGAUUUGGGGGGGGGGGGGAGCAUUGAGCUUGGUCCUUUGGUCAAAACAAAAAAGGAUUCCAUAAGCAAUUCCCAGGCUAUGAGGAGUGUGCACCCUUCCGGUAAAUCCCUCCUUGGGUGCGCCCCGCCACAGAGUAAGUAAAUACAGAGGUUUUUCUUAAAUCAGUCGGCACCUUUAAUGUCAGCGUAAGGGCUUUUUUGGAAAAAUUGCCAUUUUCUUAGCCAGUCCAGUAAAGAGAGGCCGCCUUUUUACGUAAACUGCGCAUGUGCAGGUACUGGCUAAGAACAUGACCAAAAAACACCUUACAGUUUUUUCGCUGAGAUAAGCCUCUGUAUGUUACUCUGUGACCCAGCUGGCUUCCUUGUCACUUUUUGCCCACUCUGCACCCCUAUUAGGGGCCAUGUUCAUAUUGUAGUUGCCAUACAGACAUCAAAUUGAUGGAGACAUGGGUCAAAACCAGUGGUGCCGCCAUCGCGAUAAUUGGGGGGGGGCGAAUAUUCAUAUAUUUGUGUUCACAGACCAUAAAAACAAUGGAUUUCAAAAGAAGUUAAUAAUGUAGAACACGAAGAUAUGAAUAUUGGCCCCUCCCCCAAUUAUCGAGCUGGCGGUGCCACUGGUCAAAACCCUCAGACAAUCUUGUACCUAGACUGCCAGAGAAAAUACACGUACGUUUGACAGGGGUGUUAGUUCUAACACUGAGCUAAUACCUUUGUGUAAUGAUUAUACCCAUUAAGUUACAUUGUGCCCAAAUCCGCCUAGGAUUUUUAUUCUGUCUAAUGCCAAAUCAUUUUACUUGUUAAGGAGAGAGUGCUAGCACUUGAUAGGUUAAUAUUAAAUUAGUUUCACAUUCAUGCAGUCCUGGCCAAUGGCUGACUAGACUUGAAGCUGAUGACUGGACUAGUACUAGUAUGAUGCAAGGGCAGGAUGCAUGAUUGCAAUGCUUUGUAUGUCUAGAAACAAAAUGUCUCAAAGUUAAAAGAAUUUUUAUUGAAACACAGGAAAGAUUACAUCAAUGCAGUCAGGUAUGUAAAUUAAAUAUAAUUAUAAGAGUAUAAGGGAAUAAUUAAUGAAUUCAGUCUUAGCUGUAGUUUGUAAUUGUAAUUCAAAAAAAAAUAUAUGGUAAAUCAUGAUGACAAAAAGUUGUGGGUACAUAGUACAGUAUAUGUACACUAAAAUUAGCCCAGUGGUAGGCAUAGCAACCAUUGAGAUGCAUGUGAAGGAAGCUAAUACUAAACUUAACCCAUUGAGUCUCAUUGCACCCUGAUGCACCCUACUUUAGUAAUUUACUCUGUCUAACGCCAGACGAUUUUACUCGUCAAGGGGAGAGCGCUGGCGCUUAAUGGGUUAACUGGCCUAUCUGCCCAUGUGUCUAGUUAACCCAUUGAGUCGCAUUGCACCCUGAUGCACCCUACUUUAGUAUUUUACUCUGACUGUCUAACGCCAGACGAUUUUACUCGUCAAGGGGAGAGCGCUGGCGCUUAAUGGGUUAAGCAAGAGACAAAUUUGUAAAAAGUAUAUCUUUUGUAGUCAUGUAAGCUCAGGUGUUACGGCAAUGAGUGAUCGAGAAAGAGACCAAAUUGAUCAAGAUGCUCAGACAUUUAUCAGAACUUGUUCAACAGCAAUUCAGUCACUCAAAGAUGGAGGUUUGCUGAUACCACACUUUUAUACAAUGUUAUUCUCAGACUAGUUAUUUUUUAUUUGUGGUUGGUUGGCUGGUUGGUCAAUCAGGCAAGUGAGGCAGCCAACUAUAUAUAUAUAUAGCAUUGUAGUUGGACACAAAACUGUAAACACUUUUUAGUUGUUAUCAUUGUACACAGUGUCCAGUGUGACUCAUUUUGUAAUUAAUUAAAAUAUUGCAUACUUUGCAAAAAUAGAAAGGGAAAGAAACUAUAUACCAUUUUCACUGUCAUCACUAAUUACUUGUCUGUGCCAGUGGCCUGAAGUCAUGUUCAUAAAAUAAUUUAUUUUUUAGUGGUAAGCCAAAAGAAUAGUGAGCAAGUGACAGAACAUCGAUGUAAUGUUUUAGAAGUAUUAGAAAAAUAUCUCAAAGGUACGAAGUAUUAGCAAUACUAUAAGUAGUAUAAGUGGUAUAGGUCAGAGAUUAGUUGUGAUUUUAAUGACUUUAUCACUAAAAAACCAACAUGAAUUAACGGUUUGUUUAGACUAAUUAUUUAAAACACCAACGACUGCAUUUCAAUAUUAGUUACGAUAUAUCAACCUGAUUGUUCUUUCACCUAGCUGCAUGUAAGUUAUACAGUGAACAACGAGCUAUCAGAGUAAAACGAGUUGUGGAUAAGAAAAGGAUGUAAGUAUUUAUUGUAUACAAAAGAGAGUGGUCUUACUAUAAGCAAGCAAAUAUCUUAUCUGUGUCAAAAUACAGUACCAUUCCUAUAGUAUACACAGUACUACUAAUAUAAUGCGCUCUUUCUAAUAAAUUGAAUUCAGUGUCUGGGCUUAAUUCUACAGUAUUAGUAAUUUAGGCCUCUUUUUCAUUCCAAACGUACCAUGCCCAUGGUCAAAUGUAGUGUAUUUCUCUGUUUCGUGAGCACUAGGCUACGAGGGUAGAACUAUUGAUAUAUUUACACAAAAAUACGAUCAGUGCUGUAUACGUUCAACAGGCUUUCCUUUGAUCUGAGGUUUAAUGAGCAAAUGGCCUUUUUGUCUAAAGUAGUACUGCAGUAGGUAGCCUUGCUUGGUAUACAGAAUAUUCACCGACUGUUUUAACGUUGUGUUGAUAGUUCAAGAUUGCAAUGUGAUAACAAGAAACAGUCUGGGAGAACAAUGGAAAUGAAUGACAACCCGAUAACUUCCAAUCCUACUCAUGAUGGUAUGCAACUUAUUAUUAUGACAUUGUCGGUUAAUGUAAUAAACAGAACAUCAGUCAUGGAGUUUGCAUGGAGUCAUGGAGUAUGGGUCCUAAAUCUAUUCCUAUGCCUCGUUUUCAUUUGGUCAUUGUCCUCACCAAGUCAUAAUCGACGAUGUGAAGUAGCGUGGAUCCAUCUUGUCUUUUGUUUGCUGUAUGCAAAUCAGUGUUCUCUAUUACAUCGGCUACCUUGACAUGUUUGCGACCAUUACGAGUCGACUAGCUGCAUGGUAACCAGUUUACCAUUGUAAUGUAAGACAGUUUUGUGUGUGAUGGUCCACCCAGUACGCAACUACAUGUCUUCUUACUCACUAUCCGCCCGACUGAUUUUACUCAGUGAAGUUUCUGAAUAGCACAUGUCAAGUUUCAAACCGUCUUGUUGUACACUUUCUAAUUCCGAGUAUUUUCAUAAAACACACACCAACUCCGAAUAUCGAAAGCAUUUUUACUUCUCUAGAUUCCACAUUUCGACUACUAGUAUUUUAGUCAUCUGCAGGAACGGAUUAGCGUUGUUGUGUAUUUUACAGUGUAUAAACGUUUUUCUCAUCAGGAAUAAACGAUGUUGAACACGAGUUUACACCGGAGGAAUUACAAACUGUGAGUUAAUUGUCGUUUGUAUACUUUCAUUUUAUGAUAAUUUCUUCCCUGUAUUUAAAUUUAAAUUCUCCAUCAGUUUGAACAGGAAAAUAAAAGAAUUUUUGACGAAAUGAACAGUUUAGCUAAUGAAGUCAGGUAACAACUCAUCCAUUAUUUUAGUUUAUUCUUCCUCAAUUGAGCUUUUUUCCGUGAACUGAAAUUUCGUAAAUUCUUUUUUUGCACAUCUCAGAAACAUUGAAGGGCGAGUUGUCGAGAUUGCAAAAUUACAAGAAGUGUUCUCUGAGAAAGUUUUGGAGCAGGUAAUAUAUGAUGAGAAAAAGAAAGAAAGAUGAGAAUUUCGGUGUUAUUGUGGGGUAAAUAUCAGUAUUUUGGGCAUCUACAGUCUACACGCGAUUUGUAGAUGGAAAUUUCGAGUGACUUUUUAUGCGGUUACUAAGGCGUAAAAAAAAUACCUGUGGUUCCGGUUCCCGACCGACCCUAUUUUUUUUCUGCCGACCCUAUUAUUUUUUCAACGCGAUUGACCGUGCGACCCUAUUUUCUCCAGGUGGUUGCGGGCUGCUCAUACAGCGUGCCAAAAUGGCGUCUGUUGACACACUAAUUAUUGAACCAAAUUGCCUAAAUUCGUCCAUAGGAAAUACGCAUCUCUAGUUUAAUAUUGAUGUCGGGACUCUACUGCAAAUCGGCUAGCAAAAAACCGCCAAAACCAUGAAAAAAAUAUUAAAAAAAAAAAUUAUUUCCGACCUACCGACCCUAAUUUUUUCACGAUAUGAAACACAGACGGCCCAAUUUCGCAAGGGUCAGUAUAGACUUAUAGUAUAAAUGUAUAUUAUAUUAUAUUAAUGUAUAUUAUAGUAAAAAUAUGUCGUAAAAUGUAAAUUUUAAAAUGAAAUUGACUUGCCUAUUUGAUAGUGUGUGUUCUCCUUUUAUUCCUCCUUUGUUGGACUAAUAUUUUCCGAGACUUUGUACUCGAUGUUACUAGCAUACAUGAAACAUGAUAUCAUGUUUCAUGUAUACUAGUAACAUCGAGUACAAAGUCUCGGAAAAUAUUAGUCCAACAAAGGAGGAAUAAAGGGAGAACACACACUAUCAAAUAGGCAAGUCAAUUUCAUUUUAAAAUUUAUAUUUUACAACAUAUUUUUACUAUAAUAUACAUUAAUAUAAUAUACAUUUAUACUAUAAGUCUAUACUGACCCUUGCGAAAUUGGGCCGCCUGUGUAUGAAACCGGAACCACAGGUAUUUUUUUUACGCCUAAACCUUAGAGCGUUUGCACCUCUGAGCUAUACUUAAUAUAUCUGGAGAUCGUGCUCCAAUACCUCGUCAGUCAAAAAUGUGUGACCAAAAACAUGGCGGAUUUUGGCCAAAUUUACGUCAUUUUGACGUCACAAUCGACCUAAAUUUCGGUCGGAAAUUUUCUUAUAUUAAAGCGAGACAUUUGCAACCAUGCCAACUUUUUGUUCAACUCCUGGUUGCCAAAAAUCUACUGAAAGAAAGGACCUGUCCUCACAUGGGUAAGGCUCGUAUAAUCUCGUUUUUUGUAAUAAUUUAACUCGUGCUGUAUUGCUGUAUUGCUGUAUUGAAUGCGUAAAUUUGUGAAUGCAUGAACUUUAUUGUCAAGCAACGUACAAUACAAUGAAUCAGGGGGGGGUUGAACUUUGUCGCCCACGGACAUUCGAGCCACUGGUCAGUGGAAACCCCCAUGAAAAUAGGUCGAUUGUGACGUAAAAUCCGCCAUGUUUUUGGUCACACAUUUUCGUCGAGAGCACGAUCUCCAGAUAUAUUAAGUAUAGCUCAGUGGUUUGCACUCAUUCCCCAGGGACCAAAUCAACAAAAGCCAUGGCGGCCAUGUUGGUGUUCCAGACAAGAGAGUCUAAUUAAAAUUCUUUUGAAUUGGAACACCAACAUGGCGGCUGUGACGUCAUGUGCAAACGCUCUAUAGAGUAUAGGCUCUCUGGCAGGAAUCGAACCUAGCUGCAGCCCUGCGAUUCCGGUGCAGUGCUUUAACUAGCUGAGCUAGGGGCCAGUUGUCGAACUCUAACAGCAAGUUCAUGUACCGGGUGGGGAAAAAAAAAGUACGACAGUUUGAUUUACUAUAACUUAAAAAGUAAAAGAGCUAUUGCACUUAAAUACGUCACCGUAUAUUCCACGAUGUUUAACUUAAAUUUUGAUAUAUGUCUUGUAGUAACCUUUUCAUGCAAUAUUGACUGAUAUAACUGUGUUUAAACUUAAGCAAACAUUUUUGGAACCGCCGAGAAUUAGUUGAAAAGGCCCUAUUAAAACCAACUGAAUAACCGUUACCAUGUGCAUUUUCUCGCAAUUAUUGUUUCAAUUAGUGGGUUGGUUUGACGAGGUCAGUUGUUCUGGGUCCACACUUUGUUGAAAGAAAUCUCGACACGAGAGAGUACCUCCAACUGAAUGCGACAAGUCUAUGUGCGCUUCAAAUAACUCCGGUUCUGAAGCACAAUUUGAGAGAGCUUCGUGAAGCGAUUGUUACAGCAUGCCGCAACUUGAAACAGCAAAUGAUCCAAAAUUCUUUCGGGCAAGACGUUGCAUUCGUGGUGGGGGACAUGCGUUUACUGAUGAAUAUAGACGAUUGUUUUUGAACCACAAGCGUGAACGUACUGACAAUAAAGUAUAAUGCGUCUUAACACAAGUUAUUGCAUGUUGUAUAUAUUAAAAUUUAAUAAGCCAUUUUUAGCUAUUUUUUUCAGUUCCAAAAAGGUUUACUCCUGUUUAAAUGCAUGUAUCUUUGACAAAAUGGCAUGGAAAUGUGCAUGGCAUAUAUCAAAAUUUAAGUUGGAUAUCGCUAAAUGCCAAUAAACUUGUUUUAGUGUCAUUGCAAUUUUAGUUUUGAUUUUGCAGCAAUUCAAGGAGUCGUACUUUUUUUUGCCCCACCAGGUCUAUGGGUAAAUAUCAUGAUUUUGGACUGUACGUAAAUUUUUAGACCAAACAAAUUGAUCAUGUGUAUGAAACGACGGUGAAGACAACAGAAAACGUCAAAGACGGAAAUGAGAAUAUUAGAGAGGUAAUGACAUUGUUGUGGCCUCCAUAUACAGGCAACUCUGUGAUAAGGCCUGUUACUUUGAAAUCUUUCCCAGGGCAAAGGUUUCAUACUCAGUUGUGAUGUGUUAAUCUGACCUCUAUUGCCAGGUGAUCUCGUGUUCGUAUUUUAGCCAAUCAGCGCUCAGAAAGGGUUGUCCGAAUAGAAAUCCAUUUUGAUGUAUUCAGUCAAUUAUAUCUUUCGUUAUUCUUUAUGAAACUAGUUGAAAUUUUGUAAUUAUGUUCGGUUAUGAGAACUAUAGCUCUGACAAAAAUAUGGAAUCGAAAUAAAGUAUAUUACAGGAGAUAUUCAGUUGUUUUAAUCAUAAAAUGGAUUUCUAUUUGACAACUAGUGCCAGUACUUUUCCGCGUAUCAAGAUCAUCUGGUGAGUAUUGGCGUACACACGUAAAAAUCUCAACUUGUCAACAAGAUGUGUUCGCAACAGGCUUGUAGCAAGCUAUUGCACCAGCAUUCACCAAUCGAACGGUUCGAACGAGUUUACGAAGACAUUCACUGAGAGUGAACUACGAACCCGUCAACAUUUUAUCAAGUUGCUACAAGGUUGUCACUGACAACUUGUUGAAUUGCAGGACGAUAACAAGUUGUUGGAACAACUUGUAACAAGUCUGUUGAGGUCAGCGACCUUGUAGCAAGUUGUCAACUUGUCAACAAGCAGUGCGAACACAUCCUGUUGACAAGUUGUUGGAACAACAUUGCUACAAGCCUGCUUAACCCGCGGAAAGGAGGGACCGCUGGCAGCCUACAAGCCUGCCUACAAGCCUGCCUACAAGCCUGCCGCAGGUUUUUAACAACUUGUGCGUUUUUACGUGUGUAGUUUUUACCAGUUUUCAAUCGCGCACCUGACGUUAACGUGGCGCAAAAUGUCAUGUGCCUGUAAAAAUGAUCAUGUCCAGGCCCGAAGACCUGCUCUCUUAGCAGAUGGCACGAUCUCGUUUGUUUUUUUGUUUUUUUCGUUGAGGGACUACAACUCAAUAGGCAUUUAGUAUUUUUGCACAAGUGAACAUACAAAUCCUACACGUUGAAUAAGCAUUGAAAUUUUUUUGCAUUUUCGACAGGCAAUCAAGAACAAUGCAAGUUUUCGUGUCUGGAUUCUAUUUUUUCUCGUGAUGUGCUCGUUUUCGCUCCUGUUUCUCGACUGGUACAGUUAACACAUCAUCAUACUGCAUCAGUCUUACGGUAA